CCACAUCAUGACCACAGGAAAUGAACAUGCUGGGAGGGUAGAUGCUAGAUCCAAGUGGACUAAAGGACCUCUGAUGUCAUGGGGAGGAGUAAGGUCGGCGGGCUGGGCUAGCACUUUCACUACUGCAAAGGAAACUAGAGACACUGCCAUGCUGGGAGCCCAUGUGAAGCGGCGAUUGAAGGAUGCUAUCAUUGUGCUGGGAGGCGGCGGCCUUCUGUUCUCCUCCUAUCUUACUAUAAAAGGGGACGAGCAUUUCUAUGCAGAGUAUUUAAUGCCAGCAUUACAGAAACUGGUGCCCCCUGAGCUAGCCCACGUACUAUCUAUAAGGUGUGUGGCUCUUGGCCUGGUCCCACGAUGCAGACAGCGUGAUCUGCAACAACUGGAGAUGACGGUACUAGGUCACAAGUUCCGGAACCCGGUGGGCAUAGCAGCUGGGUUUGAUAAGCAUGCAGAGGCUGUGGACGGACUCUUCAAAAUGGGCUUUGGUUUUGUAGAAAUUGGAAGUGUUACACCAAAUCCUCAGGAUGGAAACCCAAGGCCUAGAGUGUUUCGCCUUCUGCAAGACAAAGCGAUUAUCAACAGAUAUGGGUUUAACAGUCACGGUAUAGAAGCUGUACACCGACGACUGCUGGAGAGGAAUGAGAAACAGAAGAUGCUUACAUCCGAGGGAAUGCCACUUGGUGUAAACCUGGGGAAGAAUAAGACAUCUGAGGAUGCCGUGGCUGAUUACACAAAGGGAGUGCAGGAACUCGGACCUCUCGCCGAUUAUCUUGUUAUCAAUGUAUCAAGUCCAAAUACGCCGGGCCUGAGGGACUUACAGGGCAGAGAGCAACUACACCACCUUCUGACCAACGUAGUGAAAGCCCGAAACGCCCUGCCAUGUGGACACAGACCGUCGCUACUUGUGAAGAUAGCACCUGAUUUGUCUCUACGCGAUAAGGAGGAUAUUGCCAGCGUGGUGACAGAGCUUGGUAUUGACGGUCUCAUUGUCACUAACGCCACAAUCAGUCGGCCCUACACCCUCAAGGACCCCCAGAGAAGUGAGACUGGCGGGCUGAGCGGAGUUCCACUGCGAGACAUGGCCACAGAGACUGUGAGAGAGAUGUAUGCGCUGACCUCAGGUAAAAUUCCAAUCAUUGGAGUAGGGGGUGUCAGCUGUGGUCUGGAUGCCCUCCAGAAGAUCCGCGCAGGGGCCUCUCUUGUUCAGCUGUACACAGCGCUCACUUACCAAGGUCCCCCCAUUAUAGGAAAAGUAACUCGGGAACUGGAGAAGUUGCUUAGUGAGCAAGGCUUUUCCAGUGUCUCGGAAGCCGUGGGUGCCGAUCAUAGGAAACAAAUACAGAAUUCAGCUAAAUCAUAAGGAACCUCCUGGUCUUCGAUGAACUCAGCAGAAAGUAGCCUUAAAAAGAAGGCCGAUCUGGAGAACACGAUGGAUGAAGAUCAGGCCCUUGAGAAUGUUGCUUCCUGCAUUUCCAUUAUUGGUACGGGAUGAGUUCUUAACACCACAGUGGUUAGCCUAAGUGUUGCGAUUUAAUGUGUAAGCCCCUGUGGUUGUGCAGUCACCUAGGAAUGUUACAACUUACUAGUUCUUUGAACUUUAAGGCUCUUUUUAGCAAGGCUGAAAAGCACUGAUAAUCUUAAUAAAAAUGAAUUGAAUACA